AUGAAAAUUCUCUGCAGCAAGCAUCUGCUGAGGCAUGAAAAUGAACAAUCUGGGGGCGCACCGGCAGCCGGGGCCGUCCGGAGGCUGCUGGGCCGGGCGGGCCGAAGCCUGCACUCGCCGCCGGGCCUGCGGGCUAGGGGCUCCCCCAUCGGCGAGGGCGAGGACGAGCCUGGCCGCCCCAUCCAGUUCUCCUGCAGCAGGGCCAGCCCGGCCCGCUGGACGGUGGCGCAGUCGAUGGGCUGGCAGCAACAGCGGCCGUGGUGGAAGGUGCUGCCGGUGAGCCUGUCCCUCAUGCUGCUCGUCACCUGGUGCUUCCUGCGGCCGAAGAGCAGCGCGGACCUGUGGCUGCAGCGGGUGCUGGACGGAGAGGGGCCAGGGCACGGCGGCGGCGCGGAGGCCCCCGGAGCGCGGGCCCAGCGGGGCAGCAGGGGCGGCCUCACGCAGACAGUUGUCAAUAAACAGCCCGACCUCGUGGAAAAAAAAAAAGAAAGAAAGAAAAUGAACAAUCUGAUUAAGAAAUAUGCCAAAGACCUGAAGAGACAUCUCACCAAACUACAUAUAUUUAUAUAUUGGGGGCUCCUGUCAAAAAUCCUGACUGUGAGACGGCUAAGAGAAUACGAUGGAAAAGACAGAUUGCAUAAUCCUAAUGAUUCAUUUUCAGCCUUGGAAUGA